CUUUAGAAGUUAGUUGCAAUGCGGUACUUUCUGUUAAUCUCAUAUAUAAAUGGACAUUUUAAUGUAAAUGGACAUCUCAUAUGUAAAUGGACAUUAUGGCACAUUUUCGACAUCAGUUAAAAAGUAUUUUAAUAUUAUACCAUGAAAAUAUAAGCUGCCCAAAAGGUAUAGAGGUUAGGAAUACUUCGAAUCCUGGAGAAGGCAUAGUUAUAAUUUUCCGUCUCUUCUUAGGAGACAAAGGUGGCCCACCUAUUAGGAGCCUCCAUAAUAAAGUGACCACCACUUCUGCCUUAGUUGCGGCCAAGCCGAAGUCGGCUGAGGGCCACCGAGAUCCAACUAGAAAGAAACAACGGUUUCCAAACGGUAGAAUGCAGGAAAGAUGGAAGUAAACAUGCUGAGGAACUGAAGAGUUAUUUCAUCAGAUUUACUCAUGAAGUUAUAAAUUUUAAGAAGCGUAUUUUAUUUGUCGCAAGAGAUAAAUAAGAAAGGAAAUAACAACAGAUUAACUAAGUGCUAUGUCUACGCGAAAUUUUAAGAACUUCCCUUUCUACUAAUGUUGAUUGUGUCGCAAUCAAACUGUCCGACAUCUGGGCGAUUUACAAAAGGGUUACAAGCUGGCAAGGUUUUCCUCGU